UGUUAUUGCUGUAGAGAAGCCUUCAUUAAACCUCUAGCCAACUGUACUUCCAUCAUCAACAUGGUCUAGCUGAAUGAACUCUUCAAUGUGGCUCUUCUCAACGGACGUCUGUGGGAAUAAUACCUUUCGGAUGAAAUCUUAGAAGAUUUUGGGAAACACAGAGACAUUUGAGAGACCUUUGGAGUGCAAAAAUGAUCAACCAGUGGGUGAUUUUCGCCGUCUACGUCCUGACGUUUCUAAUCGGCCUUCCAGCGAAUCUUCUGGCCAUCUGCACGUUCAUUAAAAAACUCGGAGACAAACCCAGUCCCAACGACAUCCUGCUCUUCCACCUGACCACUUCAGAUCUGGUCUUCCUGCUGUUUCUUCCCUUCAAGAUGUACGAAGCCUUCAUGGGCAUGAAAUGGCACUUACCGCAGACCCUGUGCUCCAUCGCCUCCUUCUUCUUCUUCACCACGAUUUACACCAGCUCUCUGCUGCUAAUGGCUAUAGCUGUGGAUCGCUACUUAGGACUAGCCUUCCCGUUCAAAUACCGAAUGCUACGUAAACCGAUUUACGCCACGGUAGGUUGUGUUUUUAUAUGGCUAGUCAGCGCGGCUCAUUGCAGUAUCGUGUUUAUCAUCGUUCAUAUGCCGGAUCAGAACACAAACGGAUCGGUUUGCUACGAAGAAUUUACUGAAGAGCAGAAAAGGAUCUUGCUGCCAGUUCGGCUGGAGUUUUUUGUGGUCAUUUACACGCUGCCGCUCCUAGUUUGUGUCUUCUGCUACAUUAACUGUAUCAAUAUAUUGUACAGCAGGCCUCAUAUUGUUAAAGUGAAGAAGCAAAGAGCCAUUGGGAUGGCGUUGUGCACACUUACCAUCUUUUUACUGUGUUUUUUACCUUAUAACCUGUCGCAUCUAGUAGGUUACAGCAGCAAUAAAAGCCCGCCGUGGAGAUAUUACACGCUUUUGCCGAGCACACUCAACACUUGUCUUGAUCCCUUCGUCUUUUACUUUUCAUCCUCAACUUUCCGCGAAAGCAAAACAGUUUCUUUGCUGAAGACGUGGUGCUUUAAAAGACACAAGAGAAAUUAUACAAAGACAGAAACUGAACUGAAUGUUGUAGCGAUAUGAGCUUUUACAUUUCAUUGUCACG